AUGGAAACUCAAACCAGAUAUUCGGAGGUACUGGAGCUGGUCAGGAAAGGAGGGGGAGACGAGGCCGUCGGGCAUCACAGCCAGAGGAACAAGCGGCUGUUUGCUCGGGAGCGCCUGAAGCUGCUGCUUGACCAUGAGUCUUUCCUGGAGCUGUCUCCACUGGCAGGGCUCAACAUGCCCUAUGGGGAUGUCCCUGUGGCUGGGUGCCUCACCGGAAUUGGCAAAAUCUGUGGGGCCUGGUGUGUCCUCAUGGCAAACGAUGCAACUGGGAAAGGAGGAACCAUUUACCCCGUUGGGGUGAAGAGACAGCUAAGAGCUCAGGAAAUAGCCAUGCAGAACAGGCUGGUAUCCGUGUACCUGGCUGACAGCGGGGGAGCAUUCCUGCCCCUGCAGGCAGAGCUGUUUCCUGACAAGUCACACGGUGGCAGAGUUUGCUGCAAUGAAGCGAUGAUGUCUGCCAUGAGAAUCCCUCAGGUGGCAGUGCUGUGUGGCUCCUGUGUGCCUGGAGGUGCCUACAUCCCAACCAUGGCAGAAGCAGCUGUGACUAUAGACAAAGUUGGUACAUUAUUGCUUGCUGGCCCACCUCUGCUAAAAGCAGCUACAGGAGGAUAUGUCUCUCCCGAGGACCUGGGAGGAGCCAGACUUCACUCUCAGCACUUGGUGGGGAUAGUGGCCAGCAACGGUGAGCUGUCUUAUGAUGCUUCUCUCAAGGGUAGCCACUCUGUGCAGCUGUGCAGCUAGUGGAGCAUUCCCAUCCUCUUCUUCCAGAACACAGCUCCACAGGCAGGAGAGCCAACACGCAUCUCACAGGCCGAGGCUCACGCCAGCAGAUUGAAAGCCCAGGCCUCCAUGAUGGCUGCUGUUGCUUGUGCUGCUGUUCCCAAAAUAACCAUUGUAGUCGGUGGCUGUUUCGGGAGCGAGAGUUACGUUAUGUGUGGGAGAUCGUUCAGCCCAAACUUCUUGCUCUUGUGGCCUAAUGCAAGGGUUGCUCUUGUGGAUUCAAGACAACUCUCCCCAGUCUCACAAGCUGGGGACAGUGACCACAGAGGGGAGGAAGCAGAGCUGAAAGAGCUGAAAGAAAAGCUACAGGAAGAAAGCAGUGCAUUUCACUCCUCUGCCAGACUCUGGGAUGACGGCAUAAUUCUACCUCAAAACACCAGAAAGGUGAUUGCACAGUGUUUGAAGAUCACGGAACAGCAGAAGUACCAGGUCGUGUCUCAGUGUCAGGAUCCUGUCAUCAGGAUGUAACUACAGCCGCAGUCAAAUCAGCCUUCUGAAGUUGCACCAUAUACUAGAAAUCUUUAAUAAGUGAUUUUCUAAUUCUUUGAUACCAUUAAUAAAAACAUUAAACCACAGCAGCCAAACAAGAAUCCUGGAUUUUAACUCCAU